ACAACUUGUUUGAUUAUAUUAUAAGGUGCAAAUCAGCUCAUGAAAUUUGGAGGACCCUUGAUAGUUUGUUCAACAAGAAAGAUGAAGCCCGGCUACAAAUAUUGGAGAAUGAAUUGGCGAACACCACUCAAGGAGCUACUAGCCAAACAGAUGGCUAGUGUAUGUUUUAAAGAAGGGGAAGGAAAUGCUCUUGUAGCCGACAAGAGGAACUUCAAAGGAAAAACAUUCACAGAUACGCCACACUCCCGAUUUCAAAGUGUUUCCAGCUCGCCAGAAAAGGAGGGAGAGUCUACUAAUAACUAUAAGAAGACUCUGAAGUGUUACAGGUGUGGUAAAAUAGGACACAUAAAAAGAUAUUGCCAAACAAAAGAGAGCAACAUGGCUCAAGUUGAGAAAGCUGCUGAAGAAGAAGAGGAUGCGGGAAGGUGCUUUGUAGCUGAGGCUGGAGUAGUAGAUGCCUUGGCUUCCUUCAAUUUCGAAAGAGACUGGAUUAUGGACUCAAGAGAUAAUACGGUCUAUCACGUGGAGAAGGAAGGCAUUGGUGUCAUCAACAAAAAGCAAGAAGAUUCCAAGGACGUUCAGACUAGUGACGUGGUAGCUGCUACUGAGGAAAUCAAGGAAGCAGAUCCUGAAACUAGUAAUAAAAGUCUGGACAUAGAGGAUGUUGAAGUAGAACCUGAGCAUGAAGUUUCUGAAACUACAUAUGGCAAUGGUGACCAUUCCGGAGAAAGCAUUGAGGGAGUUGUAGUAGAGGUUGAAGUCUCUGGUCAAUUAUCUGCCGUAUCAGAGUCAAUCACUAGCUCAGUUCAAAUACUGAAAGCAGAUGGAGAAGCCGAUGGUCAAAUAAAUGAAGAGGUUGACCUUGAAGGCUCAAUUUCAUAUACAGAUACAAAUGGUAUGAUUUUUGAAAGCUCUGAAGCAACCAAACAAUUUAUUGAGAAGCUGGAAAGGAAAUCUAGUGGUGGAUCCUAUGUUGGUAUUGAGGCUUCAAAGGAAAUUCGUGGUCAAAUCGUCACCGACUUAGGUGCUUCUCCAGAUAACACAAUUGUUAAGGAGCUAAGAGAAAGGGGGAGUCUAGAAACUCAAGAAUGUGAAAUUCAGCAUGAAGAUGAUUCACGUGGUUCGCAAAGGCCAAAAAGAAAUAGUGGCAAGUCUGCCUGCUACAGAGAUGAAAAUUUUAUCAAGACACAUUCAUGUUUCUUUGGAGGCUCAAUUAUUAGCGGAAAACCAUCAUCAUUUGAAGAAGGAAAAAGUGUCGAGAAAGUAUUGCUGAGAUCUUCACCAAGGCACGUCCAAAAGCUUCGUCUGAGUUCUUCCACGACAAGUUCAGGAUAGCUUCCAAAAAAUUACUUUAAGGGGGAGCGUGAAAAAAUAAAGUUAAUUUUUUGGAAGAAUAAAUAUCAUAGAUAUUUAUA